AUGGCAGUAGAAGUAAACCUGGAAAACCCGUUGUGUCAAGAAUUGGACUUGAGGAAUAGGAAACAGAAGGUGGAGUAUGAGAAUUUACCAUUCAUUUGUGCUUACUGUGGUAGAGCGGGACACUUGGCGGUGACUUGUCCUUUUAAUCCCCAAAAAUCGCCCGACCUGGUGAUACUGACGGCCGCUGGUACGAGUAACAUGUCAGCUUCUGGCGGGGCUAACGACAAGUUCCAAGCGACGGAGCACAGACGUCACACAGUUGGGGAGUGGUCACAUGGGUCAAGAUUUGAUCUUCUCAAUGAACUCAAUGACGACAACGGGGAAGGCCCACUUUGUAAGGAAGACUCGGCAAACAAGGAAGAUGAGGGGGACAGAACGACGACCCCCGCUGGCCAAAUGCCGUCAUUCCUUGGCGUUCGUAAGGUGUCAGCACGUGACAAAUCUCCAACUGCCAAAAGUGGGGUGCACUCUCAACCGAAAACCGAAAAAAAAAACCCAAUGUUACCCUAG